AAACGCGUUUAGUACCAAAGUAUGUCCCUCGGUGCUUGCAGUACUCGGCAGGUCCUUCUUGCAUGCCUGUGUGAGCAGAAGUGAAGUAGACAAGACGGAGUCGACUGAUGAUGCUGGCGCCCCACGCGCUGUUCCUGAGAAGGUGGCUUUUGCAGGAAGGUACGCGGCUGUUCAGGAGGAAAGCGUCAGGCAGCAUGGUGUUAACCGCAACGUUGAGGCUACCAUCACAUGCAAAUAUAGAACGAGACCUUGUGAGAACCAGCAAUGUCGAAUACUUCUCAACUAGCUGUGUUAAUUGCGCAAAGUCCCGAGAACUCAAAGGGAAAAGGGACAUUUCAGAAAAGAAGCUGACUCGCUACUUUGUGGAUCAUCGCAGAGUGAGUUUGACAGGGGGAAAGGGAGGCAAAGGAGCAAGCACGUUCCAUAGCGAGCCUCGCAAAGAGUUUGGAGGGCCGGAUGGUGGAAAUGGAGGAGACGGGGGGACCAUCAUCAUAAAAGUUGACCAACAAAUCAAGUCUCUGUCACUGGUUGAGCCGCUGUAUCACGGUAUGGACGGAGAAUCUGGGGGAAGCAAAAACUGCUAUGGACGAAAUGCGGCCCAUACCUACAUUAGAGUGCCUUUAGGUACCAUAGUGAAGGAGGACGGGACAGUGGUGGCAGACCUCUCCAAACAUGGCCAGGAGUAUGUGGCUGCGUUCGGUGGAACAGGUGGCAAAGGUAACCGGUUCUUUCUGUCCAAUGAGAACCGGGCACCGACGAAAGCCACUCCAGGGGAGCACGGGCAGGAGCGGGUAUUGCAACUGGAGCUCCGAACCAUGGCACACGCUGGGAUGGUUGGAUUUCCCAAUGCUGGAAAGUCAUCACUUUUGCGAGCAAUCUCAAACGCUAAACCAGCCGUAGCUGCUUAUCCAUUCACUACACUCAAUCCACAUGUUGGAAUCGUUCAGUAUCAGGACCACGAGCAAGUGGCAGUCGCUGACAUUCCUGGGAUCAUCCAAGGAGCGCACAGGAACCGCGGCCUGGGGAUCUCCUUCCUGCGCCACAUCGAGCGCUGCCGGUUCCUGCUGUUUGUUCUGGACCUGUCUGGGCCUGAUCCCUGGGCCCAGCUGCAGGACCUGAGGUUUGAACUGGAGCAGUAUGAGACCGGGCUGUCCAAGCGACCGCAGGCCAUCGUAGGCAAUAAGAUUGACCUCCCCGAGGCCCGAGCCAACCUGUCUGCCCUGCAGAGCCGAGUGCCCCAGCGCAUCAUCCCUGUAUCCGCACUCACUGGGCACAACGUGGAGGAACUCAUACUGCACCUCCGGGAGCUCUACGAUGGGUACCUCCAGACAGAGGAGAGUGCAGGGGGGCAGCCCGUCAGGUGGUAAAGAGUAUUACCUUCACAGUGGCAAAUAAUGGGCCUGGAGGACACAGCUAUAUCCCAUGAGUUGUUUGAAUGCUUUGAUAAAUGAUUAAAAUUGUUAAGUUUUUAAAGACUU